AUGCGCGGUGGCAGUAACCAGAAAGCCUCCGAUGAUGACACAGGACAGGUCGGCGGACUCGCAUCUGCACUCUCGCGGACGGCGAGCAGGAUGCACGUCACCCGCACAAGGUCCAUGACAAACCUACUGUUUUCGAAAAAGUCCAGCAUAUUUUCAGUCCGCCGAACCAUCAAGGGCCGCAUGCCGGUUGAUACCUUAGGGAUAACACCGGACACGGACGGCAGUGCCGGUUUCGCCCCGCCGCCGUCUACUUCAGCUUUGUGGGAUCUUAGCGAGGAAAGAAAUUCGAGGGAUCUUGGCACCAUUGACGCCAUCCUAGCCAGACAUAAUAUGCAUCCAUCUCUAUCUGCUUACUCUGCCGACUCCUUGUCCACCAACCGGACAACCUGUUCAUCUGGUACAAAACUGUGGACCGAGCCCUCGUCGACCGAAACUGACCCUGAAUUGGACGAGGAUUCUAAAGAUCUCGACCAUGACACGUCGUCCGACUGCGACACCCGCGAGGCACUCAUAGUUCCAUCGUCUAACAACACCUCUGGACCUGAAGUUCUUCAAAAGAGCGAAACGGAACACCUUACCGAAGACCAAAUGAGCGACGCUAAAGCACCAGGAAAUGUGCCUGCAAAUGAUUCGCCCUGUCUGGAUCAGCAGCCAAACCAGCGGAAGACGCUGUCGGAAACCAACAAGGCUGUGGAGACACAGCAGGAGCCGUUUCAACUCUCUGAAGAAGGCAAGAAGUUCUCAAAAGAGCUGGAGUUGCGCUUUGCGCUGUCAGGAUGCGUCGAGAUUCCCAGCGGGACGAUACCGCGGCCUUCGCCAGCCUCGAGCUUGACGACUUCGCUUAAAAAGUCUAAUGCACUGGAUUUGCUUUGUUACGCCUCGUACGGCAAAGAGCAGGCGAUGGAAUCACAUCACCGAAGUAUUCGGGAGGCCUUUCAAAAUGUUGUUGCGGGGUCCCGCUCAUUGAGAUGGCUCAGGAGCAGAGGAAGAGGGAUGAGGUUCUCGCGGAAGCCCAUUCCCGACUUUUAG